AUGCAGAGCGAGGCCAGCAGUCGCGGCGAUCUAACGGACGUCUCCAUUGCGGACAAUGAGGACACCAUUGAGCAGUUGAAGGAGUUGCGAUUUAAUGAGAAAAAUUUGAUCAUAUACUCCCCGCCAGGAACCAAUGAUGAGCUUUCCGCCAGAUAUCUGUACAGCUUCGCUUUUGCGACAUUUAAGCGAAGAUCGCCGGGUUUUAUCCAGGAUUUAGUAACUUGUCUGCGGAUUAGGGAGCCAGAAAUUAUAAAGGAGUGCGGGGACUACGCCCACUUCGAUUUAAAGCGCACCAUCUGGAGCCUGGAGCUGCUACGCGAGGAGAUGAUCAACAACGAGGAGUUCCAGAUAUUCCGUGUCAAGGCCCCGGACACUGAAAGUUGGAAUGCCUUUCUAAUGGGUCUCACCGAGGACAGAAGACAAUGGUUCUCGGCCGUUUGGAUACACGCCGAGUGCUAUAUGUACCGCCGCAUCUGGUCGAUCUUUCAGCGGUCAGACACCCUCGCAAACUACGAUUACUUUGGCGACCAAAAGAUGUCGGCCACUAGGAACCUGACGCCCAUGAUGAGGGGCAUCCUGGUGGCGACCAGAAAACUGAUGCGCAGAAAGAAUAACUUCCAGCAUUUACUUAAACUAUCUACCUGGGGCAAUCGCUGUGACCUGUCCAUCACAACUAAGGGUCCGGAUGCCAACAUUUUUCAUCGCAUUUCUGAGUACGAUGCGGAUCUGCUGGCCGAUCAGUCGGCGAACAUUUGGGAAGACCUCACUGAGGCCUGUGAACCAAUCUACGUGGAUAUCGUGUGUGAUAAUGCGGGGUUCGAGCUAUUCACAGAUUUGCUGCUGGCUGAGUACAUCAUUGAAUCGGGUUUGGCUCGACGGGUGCGGUUCCAUGUGAAGGCCAUUCCCUGGUUUAUCUCGGAUGUCACGCAUCAAGACUUCAACUGGAUGCUAAAUUACUUCCGAAAGCAUGAAUUUAAAGAAUUUAGGGCUUUUGGUAGGAGGAUACACGGCUACAUCCGGGACCGUUCGUUUAUCCUGUGCGACAAGAGCUACUUCUGGACAAGUGGCUACGAUUGCAGCCAGAUGAAGCGGAUGCAGCCUUGUCUGUAUGUCUAUAUCAGUGAAGCAGCCCUGGUAAUCUUUAAAGGCGACCUAAACUACCGAAAACUACUCGGCGACAUUAACUACAACUCCACGGACAAGUUUUCCGAUUGCCUGCGGGGCUUUCAGCCAACCAGUGUCUGUGCCCUGCGAGCCAUCAAAUCGGAUAUCUACUGUGGGCUGCCUGUUUGCACGGUUGAGUGGCUAACCGAGGACAAUCCUGAAUGGAUGAUCAGCGGCGAAAAGGCUGUAAUUCAAGUGGCCAUCAAGCACCGACUGUCAGGUGACAUAAUUGUUUGAAUUACAAAAUUUAUCAUUCGGUGUUUUUGGAUAUUGCAAUUAACAGCACAUAUUUAUAUGUA